AUGGCAGCUCAUCCUUCAUUAUGGUAUCGAGAUAAAGAUAGUUUGAGAAUUGGGGGUGUUGCUAGGUAUACUAUAGAAUAUACAAGAUUAGACCCCACCAUUAAACGUAUAUAUUUCCGUUUGAAAAAUAUCGAAAAAUCGAGUAUCCGAGCAAUCCAUCUAUUGAGUGGUCCGUUCAUUUUGUAUUGUCACGUAGUGCCAUGCAAUUAUAAUCCACGUAAACCAUUCCAUCCUGAAAAUGUCCAGAAAAAUACAGAAGUUGUGUUUGAGAAUCAAAUCAAGCCAAACCAAGCUUUCAAUGUGUCGCUUUUGUUAAACUCAAAUUCCUUAAAGGGAAAGGAUGAUAAAGGAUACGAUAUUUUCCAAUGGGAAAUUGAAAUUGUUUCACAAAUUGUAAUCACUAAGAAAACAGAGGUUGUCUACGAUUUCAUGAUAGGAGAUGACCUACAUUUCAUGAAGAAAUUAGGGCAGAGUAUAAUACAGCAAACUCUCACCAGUUUGGGAACAAAAAUAGAUAUGAAUGAAGGAACAAAGCCCACAAUUGUGGACAAAGCGAUAGAUGAAAUUCAUAAUGAUUCUCAUAAAAUUUACAAUACACAACUUAAAGUAAGCAAAUUGACUACAGAUGACAUCUGGUCGAACGAACCAAAAGAUCCCAAAAAGCCUGUUCACUUAGUUAUCGUUACACACGGAAUUUUUUCAAACUUGACUGCAGAUAUGUUGUAUAUCAAGGAUCAAUUGGAGCUUAGAGUAAAGGAAAAUAUUUUGGUUAGGGGCUAUAGAUAUAACGCUGGACGUACUGAAAGAGGGGUCAAAAAAUUGGGGACUAACGUUGCUAAUUACAUUACAGAUUUAAUUGAGAAUUCACUCUAUCAGUAUGAUAAGAUCUCGUUUAUUGGCCAUUCUUUAGGAGGAGUGGUACAGCUAUAUGCCAUCAAGUACAUUUUGAUGACUAAAGGGCCAGAUUAUUUUGAGAGAAUGAGAAUCAAACCAGUUAAUUUUAUUGGAAUGGCUUCCCCAUUUUUAGGAAUUUUGAAUGAAAUGAAUUUUUUGAUAUCGUGGGUGUUGGAUAUGGGUACCCUUGGCAAGACUGGUCGGGAUUUAACCUUACUGAAACGAUUGCCUGCAUGGAGUGAUAUAAGCAUUGGAGAGUCUAAAAAGAGAGAUUCAUUCAAACCUGUCUUGGAAACUCUACCAGAAGAUCCUUUGCAAAAAUUUUUGGCACAGUUUGAACAAUUGGUUGUGUAUGCAAAUGCUAUGAAUGAUGGGAUAGUACCAUUGAGAACUUCUGCUUUGCUAUAUUUAGAUUAUGAAGCAUUAGGAGACGUUUCUGAAUUGAAAAAGAGUAAGCACAUGCAUGUUCACCCUGAACUAGAAGAAGCUGACCACAAAAUACAAGUGAACCGUAGUCGUGAUACUGUACUGGAAGUACCCGAAGAAGCAAAUCAAAUGGUUCAGGACAUACAGGACGCAGCAAAGUCUACAGAUAAUUCCCAGUCAACUGAAUCAUCAGAGACUAUGGGCAAGAACCAUGUCAUCAGCAAAUAUAAAGAAUUCUUGAACUUGAAUUUCCUGGAGCAUAAUUCCAAUAAUCACAAACCCAAGCUAACGAAAAGACAGAGAAAAUAUAAAAAUUUUAGCGUAAGAGGAACUGAUUAUAAUGUGUUUAACGAUGUCUUACCAGAAGAUCACUCAUUCCAGUCAGAGGAAACUAAUUCAACCCAAGAUUCUCAAACUAUAGUCGUCCCACCAAGAGCAUCUGCUAUAGAAUCAGCAAUCAAUACACUUAUAUGCCCCAUCCCUUCCAAUGAGUUUUUGAUAAAUCCCGAGCUGAGACAGCAUGUUAUUUUCCAUGACAAGUACUAUCAAUUCAAUAAAUCAUCCCAAGAAGAAGGUAACCUCAACAAACAUCUGAAGGUAGAAUGGUUUGCAUCAGUUUUGUUGAGAUAUCACAGUAAAUGGAAAUUAGAGAAGCAGAAACAGAUAGCUGAUAAAUAUCAUAAUGCGUGUGGCUGGAGAAAAGUUUUGGUUAAUCUACCUCCAGAUGCACAUAAUAACAUCGUAGUUCGGAGAAGGUUUGCUAAUGGAUAUGGUUGGGGUGUUGUAGAUCACUUGUGUGAUUUAUUUAGAGUUUCCGAAAACAAAUUGUAA